UCUUAUAGGGUGAAAAAUUGCAGCAGAAAACAUAGCUCUCAAACUAAGAGCCCACAUACUCUGAACAGACUCUACAAGCACACAGUUUGUCCCAAAAUAUCCACUGCCUCCUCAAGACAUUCCUCACCCACGUUCUGCUGACUCAUUCAGACUUUAUCCAAUGAUGACAAAUCAUUUCAGCCUUUUGAUUGCCAUCUUGGUCAUCGCCAUACAAACAUUAAACACUGAAGAAGAGCUGAAGGAGACUGGAUUUGGAUAUCCACCUCCCCGACAUGGACUUGCCUUAAUAAAGUGGUAUGUGAAAACGUGCAUUGACAAUAACAUGGUGGCUCUCUGUAACCCUGUGACUGGACAGUUUGGGUUCCAUGAAUUCCAUAACAGCGGGUUCCUGCUCCCUCCACUGAAGGACAAAAGCACGUAUAUGUACUUCACCAUAGGAAACCUUCACUACCCACACUCUGAAGAUCUUCCCUAUGAAGUAAGGAAAUAUUAUGAUCCACAUAACAAAAUGAGCAACAUGGACAGGGUCAUUGUGAAGCUCAACAGGAACAAGAACAAAAUCGAGGAGAUCUACAUAUCAGAGCACUAUACACCUCAAAGAACUUUUCAGUUAGGAGCCUCUCUCAUCAGUGACUUAAGACAGUUGCAGAACUCUCAAAACAUUUCACAUAAGAUCUUCGAUUAUUAAAAUGAAAUAAAAAUCCUGUAUUACCA